UUUUUAAACUUACCUGCGUCAUGCUUCAUUAAUUCUUCUCUACGCGACGAAGCGUGUAAAUACCCAGCAAGUAAGACACGGAUGGCGGUCGACAGAAGAUAGGGUUGUUAGAUCACAGGACUGUCAUCAUGACUAUGGAUCUUCUGCUGUUACUAAUAGCCUGUCUAUUGUCGCUAACGAUUUUUCCCGCCAAGUGUCUGAGGCUGGAUGGAACACUUUCAACCAAAGAGGACUGGGAAUUUUUAGCAAGAUUUUGUUUUCUUUCAAAUAAAGGGUCUCUAAGAUUUGAGUUUGAAUACCCAGUGGAAUAUAAAACACAGAAUGUAUUGCUGUACUUUGAUGAAGCUAGUCAGUGGGAAUCUGUAUAUAAAAAAUCUUUGUCAUGUGAUCAAAAAGUUGCCGUAUUAAAUCCUGCUAAUAACCAGAUCAUAGCUCUCUCAACGCUUUACACCUGGUCUGGGUGCAAAGAGGUCACAGAGAAUGGGGUCACAAAGGUCAAAUGUACUGGAGGUCGAACAUUCAGGUCAUCAAGGGAACGGUGGUGGUUCAUUGCCAUAAGUCGCUGUGACCCAGGAACGACGGGAACUGUUGGUUUGAACCUAAAAUACUCACUACAUAUGACCAAUGCUAAAUCUGAUGAUAUCCUAAGGCAUGAAUUCUCAGCUGAUGAAUUUUAUAUCCUGCCCAUUGAUAUUUCCUUUACCAUUAUGUAUGCUUUAGUUUUGGGUGUGUCCAUAUUGUUUGCACACUUGCUGAGACAGAGACAGUUGUUCCACACGACGUACAAGAUGUACAUGGUGUCCCUGGGACUCUGGACCUUCAGUCUUAUGUUAUACAGUAUAGCUUAUGGAAAGUACGCCAACACUGGUUAUAAAGAGUCAGGAACGGAAUAUGCAGCUCGAGGCUUUGGGACUCUGAGUUACCUGACCUUUAUAUUGCUGUUGAUUCUGAUGGCCAAGGGUUACACAAUCACCAGAGGAAAGCUAACAUCAGCCAGUACAAUAAAAAUCUCUGUCUUCUUUACCCUGUAUUUUGUCACCUUUGUGAUCCUGUUUAUCUAUGAGGCUUUGGUGUUUGACCCAGGUGAGGUGCUGUACCUGUAUGAGAGCCCCCCUGGGUAUGGACUGAUCACUAUGCGCCUGCUGGGCUGGGCCUGGUUCUGUUAUUCUGUGUUCUUCACCCUCAAACAUUACAAGUCAAAAGCCAUGUUCUACUAUCCAUUCUUCAUCUUCUACACUGUCUGGUUCUGGCUUGGGCCCAUCACAUCACUGUGUGCUGCUUUUGCCAUAGAUAAGUGGAUCCGAGCUAAGACCAUUCAUAGUGUAAAUCUCUUUGUCGAACUUCUUAGCCACUUGUUCUUUUUAAUACUGACAAGGCCACAAGCUGCCAACAAGAACUUCCCUUACCAUGUCAGAACAACACAGAUUGGGUCGUUAAUGGGGACAGGGGACAGUGAGUUGGACAGCUUCAGUUCUCAUCCCUAUGCUGAAGACUCCAUGAGUAGAAGGACUUCUGUUGACUCAAAAGGCCCGGAUUUCUCUGGCCUCUUUAUAACGUCCAACUCUCGCAGUACAGACAGAUUGGUGCCCAAUGAAAGCUUCAGCGAAUUCCCAGACUCUACUAUCAAAGUAGAGAAUGCUGCUCCUCCUUCUUAUAAUACUGUUAUGAGUCCUAGACGACAUAGUGAUAAUAUCGUACGUCGACCCAGCGGAGCAGUGCUGCCACCUAUUAGGCGUAAUACAAUGACCUCUACAUCCCUGGGGUCAGACAUGUCCUCGGAACCUUCCUCACCUCAAGGAACGGCUGCCCUCUUCACCAUUGGAGAAAAAUAGACAUUUUGAUUAUAUGUUAACACUAAAGGUAUUAUUGAAAAGCUGUGUAAUUUAAAAAGGAGACUGCUCUUAAGAACGUUGUUACCUGAAUAGUAAAGCUGAUUUAUCAUCAGAGAGAGAAUUGAUGGCUGUACAUUGUUAGCCUAUCACUAGUAGUUCAUUGUACAGAGAGUCACUCAGAUGAGCUAUAAAAUAAAUGUACAACAAACACAAUAUGGCCUGCUUAUUGCAAUUUUUAAUGAGAAAGCAAUAUAUGUUGAAAAAUGGGAAUACAGAUACUUUCCAUUAUCCAUUUCUUAAAUGCCUGUUUAUUGAUAUUUUAUUUGGAAAUUUCUCACUGGGAAAAAAUAAGAAACAAUGAAUCAUGUAUUUCCUAGAAAACUAUUUGGGCAGGUGUUACCAAAGUCUAUAAUAAUCACAGUCUUGUGUGAUUGGUCAAAUUAAUUGGUCAAGUUUGUACUCACCAAUGCUUGUCAUAUUAAUGUAUAUUCUUGAUUUGAUUUGAAACAAAAUGUAAAUUCUUAAAAGAUAGCUGGUACAUGUAAAUGAAUGCUGUAACAUACUGCAGCUAUAUUCAUAGGAAUAUUUUUAAGUAUUCAUUGUUCCAGAUGAUAAAUUAGCAAUGAUUUAAGGAAAAAUUAUUUUUUUUUUGGAACUGUACAGGGCAUGCCUUUUUUUACAGUUUUUUUGUGGAGUUGUAUUCUUUUCCAUUGUUUACCUUUGUUAUGGGAUUUUUUUUAAUGGACUUUUUUUACAUUACAUUUACAAAUCUUUGAUUUUGUGCUUUUAAUUCCGUCCUACAUU